GUAAUCAUAUCAUUUUCCAACAUGCAUUCAAUUGUGGUAAUCCUCGCCCUCGUUGGCUUCGCUACGGCACAGCUGAACAGCAAAUACCUCCCUCCAUCAAGUGGUGGUUCUAGGAUUGGUGGCGGCGGUGCUGGUGGCGGCGGCGCUGGAGGCGGUGGUCGUGCUGGUGGUGCUGGUGGUGCUCAAAUUCCAAUCCUGCGCCUCGAAAGUAACAACAACGGCGACGGUACCUACAGUUAUUCCUACGAGACCGGAAAUGGCAUUGCUGGUGACGAAAAAGGACAAUUGAAAAAUCCCGGUUCCCAAGACGAAGCUCAGUCUGCAACUGGAUCUUUCACCUACACCGCUCCUGACGGCCAAAAAAUCACUGUCUCCUACAUUGCUGACGAAAAUGGUUUUCAACCCGUGGGUGAUCAUUUGCCUACAUCUCCCCCAAUUCCUGAUGCCAUUCUUAAGUCUAUUCAACAAAACCAAGCUGGAGGCGCAGGACAAUACGGUGUUCCAUCUGGUUCUGGUUCACUUCCUCUUCAAUCUGGUGGUGCUGGUGGGUACAGAUAUUAA